UGCUUUAUCUCUUUAAUGCAUGCAUGAAAGUGGACUUCAAACGUAGAUUUAUUUUACGCUUAUGCGGAUUUCACCGUAAGUACACUUUAUUACUAUGAACACAUGCUUCGCCUUGUUCAAAUAUUCGUGUUAGAAAUACUACCUAAUUGGGAAUAUGUUAUAUUUCUUUAUCUCAAAUAAAUAAAUAAAUACAUAAUUGAAUGGCCUAAUUUAUCUUUAUUAUGUGAAAUUUAACCUCAGGUCUAAAUUUCAAACCCCUGUUGGGUUUCGGUGCGCUUCGAUUUUAAGAUUGAGAUGCAAUUUGAUAUUUUUUAUUAAUUUUAUUUUAAGAUAAUCGACUUUUGCGACACUAAUGCAAUAUCAGAAUACAUAUCUUAACUCAAUAUGAGUUGGAAAGAACUUCAAAUAUUUUAAAAUUGAUUUCAAAACUAUUAAUGGUAAUGAGAAAUUGCAACAGUUGUAUUCACGAAAGCGGAAACCUGCAAUACAAACGCGUUUCAGUUUUAUUUAAACGUAACAUUUUGUAUUAUUUAAAUAGUUGAGAAUAAGAAAUGUCAAUUUGUUUCUUUAAAUGUAAUAAUGUGGCUAAAAUAUAUGUAAAUAAAGCGUAUGCUUUCUUAAACUCACAAUUUAACAAAAAUUCAACUGGGGACACAAAUUAAUUCGUGCACCUGGUGCAUGGCAGUAGCCACGUUCACCACCCUCUCUUUUUUUUCUUUGGCUUAAUUAUACAAACUUUUUUAACACUUGAUUCUGUGUCUCAAAUACUACCCUGCAUAAAAACUUUAAAUAGUAUUCCCUAUAUUUUUUUGUCUAAAUUGUUAAUAAGAUGGUUUGAUGCUAGAUCCACUGAGAAAUCACAACCAUCCAUAUAUUUUUACGCCAACAAUAAAUAGAAAAGGCCAGAAGCCGUGCAUGAUCAUCUUCAUGCACAAAAAAAAAGAAAAAAAAAAUCCGAUUGGAGUUGUUAAAUUGACACAUGGUUAUCUUAGCUUUUAUCCCAAGCCUUUGUAGAUGUUGGUGUAUGAUAUCCACUUGUACACCCGGUGCAGCGAACAUUUUCUCUCGCUGGCCCCACACGGUUCGCCCCCACAUCGUCGUGAGUAUUCUAUAGAAAUAUGUAUACACUCCUAUUGGUUGCUACGUGAGCAAAAGAUCUCUCUCUCUACAUCUCUGAUUCCCUUCCACGAAGUUUUAAAACUAUCAUCUCGAUCGCUUCACGGAAAAGAAAAAGUUUCUUAAUAUCCAACCUCCUUACAAAAAUAACAACAACAAUAAGAAAAAAAAAAAAAAAAAAUGCAAGAGGGUGAUCAGGGAGCUUCUAAAUCAUCGUCAGCGCCGCCACCGCCACCACCGUUUUCACCCUUUGUUACUGAAAAAGAAGAAAAAGCAGCAGCAGCUGCAGCAGCUCUCGACUUCUAUAUAUGGCUUAUCCUUCUCGCAGCUUCUCUCCGAAGAUCCUCCUCCGAUGCCGCAAGAGGUGCCGCCGCUGUGUUGAAUUUUGGUCGAAGGCAAUAAAUGUCGUCGCCUUCUCGUCCACAGCUCCCUACUAUGAUGCAUGCUCCCACCAUGUUACGUACCUUCCACUAUGGGGUAAUUACUUCUGCAAAGCCAGAUUCCUGUGCAUAUCUUCAACCAGCAUAUCAAUCUUCUCUGCCUCAACAAAUACUAAACCCCUUCCUGCAGCCAACCCCGCGUAUCGCCGGUGCACCUUCGCUGAAUUACGAGCUAUUAUUCCAUGAAAGCGGUGGCGCCUUCGAACCAGUCGGCGAUCCCUACUCAGAUAAGACUUCUCAGAUGUCGAAUCUUGCCGUCGAGAAACCGCCUGGCGAUGGAUACAACUGGAGGAAGUACGGUCAGAAGCAGGUGAAGGGCGGCGAGUUUCCCCACAGCUAUUACAAAUGUACCGCCGCCAAAUGCGAUGUCAAGAAGCAAGUCGAGCGUUCUUUCGAUGGCAACAUAAAGGAGAUAAUCUACAAGGGCGAGCACAACCAUCAACCUUCACAAAAUAGGCGGGGCGAGGAAGGUGGUUACGACGACGACGAUACUGAAUCCAAAUUCGAGAACUCGUCGGUUUCGAACGAUGAAGAUGAGGAUGGAACUGCGAUAAAUGAAGGGGAUAGUAAGAGUAGUCCUAAAAUAAACAGAGAUACCGAAUCCGUGGAAUCGACUUCUCAGAGAAUGCUCGUUUUGCAAACCAUAAGUGAAACUGAUCUUUUGGAUGAUGGUCAUAAGUGGCGUAAAUACGGACAGAAAUACGUCAAAGGAAAUAAUCACCCCAGGAGUUACUACAAGUGCACGAAUGUGGGAUGCAAUGUCCGCAAAAGAGUCGAAAGAUCUAAAAAGGACCCAAAAGCAGCUUUAACUACAUAUGAAGAUAAGCAUAACCAUGAUGUUCCAAAAGCUCGAAGCACCAGCCAUAAUACUGUUUCGGCUGAACCUGCAUCAGAUAACUAGCAACCAAAGCACUAGAUAACAACUCCAAGAAGAAUGAGAUUGCUUAGUUGCUUUUCGAAGAAGCCCUGUGUAAAUACAUACUGUAGAUGAUUGUGGGUGAAUGGCUUGUAUGGAUACAUACAUUGCGGCGACUGCGGAUUAAAUGGCUGGUAAGAUCAUCAUACAAGUGAGUGUGUGAAUAAGUAGCUGGUGAGAUGUUUGGCUCGCUAACUACUGUGACAACUUGGUAAGAUAUUUCUCUUCUCUCUCCCGCAGCGAUUUUAGAAUUGAUGAUCCUAUUUGUAAAUAAAUGUAGGAUUCUUUUUUCUUUCUUUUCUCCUUGUACACUGAUUUUGGACUUUAUGUUCGAGAAAUUGUACAUAAACUGUUGGCCUGUUUGUGUAAAAGUACAGGGGGAAAAAAGAUAAAUGACGGAACAAAAGAAAGAAUUAGUGAAGAAAAAAAAGUUUCUCUAGGUU